UCCAUGUCAUUUCAUAGUUAUACAACAAUAAAUAAUUAAAGAGACAUUUUCUUGCAUCCUUCUAUAUUCUUUCAAUUAAAAUAAUGAAAUCGAAAUGCAAAGACCUGAGAGACAGUUACAGAGAAUAACUUGUAUAACUUGGCAAAAUAAGGUCAUGUGAUCCAGGGAAUAGUAUAUUAAAAUGCAAUUCCACUCGGGCUUUGUUCUGUCAUAUGAUUUUCCUAAGUUCCAAGAGCUAUGCACAGUUCCUUACCAGUGGAAAUAGAACCACUGAGUCAAAGGGCAUAUCAGUCUGUCUAUCUUACAAGGUAAUGAAAAGAAUUCUGUGAGGUCAUCAGUGGCUCCACAUGAUGAACCAUCACCACUGCCAAGCGCUGCAUCAUGAAGAAAAACGAAGAAAAAGUUGGAAAAUUCUGAAGGAGUGUAUCUGCGAUUCUUCGUUGAAGGCACAGCAAGACAUUACCCAAAAUGACGAAGCUAAUUACUUACUGAUGAUUCUCAGGAGUCCCAUAAACUCUCUUCCCCUCAGAGUUAAAACGGCGAAAUCUAAAUGGAAACAUCUGAGAGACAAUUACAGAGCAGAACUUAAGAAACUUGGUAACGUUAGAUCAGGUGACCCAGGAAAAAGCCCACAGAAACGCAAUACCACUUGGCCUUGGUUCCAACACAUGCAUUUCCUAAGGGAUAUUUUAAUUCCAAGAGCAAUGCAGAGUUCGCUGUCAUCAGAAACGGAACCAGAAAGUCAAUCUCAACUAUCUCCAGAAUUUUCGUCUAACGACCACUCUAUUCCACAAGAUGAACGAGAUCAGUCUGAUAUAUCAUCAUUAGUGGCAGUUGAUGAAACGUCGCCACUGGCAAGCACAGUAUCACAAAGGAAAAAAAAGAGAAGUAGUGGGCCAAAUAUUGAAGAAGAAUUUUUAAAGCUCGAAAAGGACAAAUUAGCUGUGAUGAAGGCACAUCAAGACAUGACCCAAAACGAUGAUACGUACCACUUCCUGAUGAGUCUCAGGAGUGCAAUAAACUCCCUUCCAGUUCAGCGGCAAAUGUUUGUGAAACUUAAAAUACAAGAGCUUGUUUAUAAUGAAUUGGAGGCAGUGAGUGCAGUGCCAGGUUCUUCAAAACAAUGACUGCGCUAAUUCAACUUACUUCUUCAUUACAGACAACUUUGAUUUUUGUAUUAUAUUAAUGUGAAACUGUAUUUCGUUUUGUAAUUGUUGCCUGAAAUGUUCUUUGGUAGUGAUACAUGUUAUUACUCAAUCUGCAAUAUAAAUAAAAGUUUUUCAGGAACGUUCUUUAUUAUUGUAAUUAAAAACCUUUACUAAAUGCCAGUCGAUAUUCUUAGGGAUAGUCAAUGUCCACACUAUUACAAUGUGCUCAAAAUUCGACGAGUCACCAUAAUGUGAAAACAUAACUAAGAUAACAAUGAAAUCAUUGUUACAUAAGACGAUUCUAAUUGGAUAGUGGUGAAAAACUU